AUUUGACCUAGUGUUUGGUAAAUUACUCAAAAAAAAUAAUCCACUACAAAUUACUUAUUACUUCUCUAAAAUUGCAUUUAGAUUACUGACUGGCAAGUAGUUUACUUCAUUGAAGAAAGUAAACACAUUACUAAUUACUUUUAAGUUAUUUUCUGAAAACACUUUUCACAGAACAGUUAUUGUUUUUCCACUCAAUGAAUUCAAAAUAAUGUCUAUAUUUCCUCCUUGUCGCACCACAUGUUUCAGCUCUCACAGAAAUGCAAACAGACGUACAGUACAUACAGGUAUGAACACAAUUCAUGUUUUAAAUGUAUUUUACAUAAAUACAAUUUUAGAAAUAUGUGUAGCCCAAGUAAUGUACAGUACUUAAGUAAUUAUCUUAAUUGAAGGUCAAUAACUGUAAUCUGAUUACAGUAAAUUACAUGUAAUUAAUUACUUUGUAAUUAGAUGACAUCCAGCACUGAUUUGACCUAAGCAGUAUAAAGAAUGUAUAAAUACUGAAAACAAUACAAUAGAAAGGCAUAACUGACAUUCCACCUACGGUUAAAUGUUGAAUGUAUAUGCUUAAUAUUUAAACUUUAUUAUAACAAAGUUUGUCACAUGCUAAACUGUCCUUUUAUUUUUGUAUCGUCUGUAAUGUUUUGUGUUGUUUUGUGUGAUGUGAAAUGAAAAAACUUUGCUAUAGUUAAAUGCCAUCAGACUAGCAUUAAAACAGAGAUGAGUAAUUCUCUCUGGCAUUACAAUAUUGUACUGUCAAUAAAUAAUCCAUUAUAUAAUGCUUAGAAUAUUUCUCAGGUACAUUUAAAAGGAAUUGACCAUUUGUGUAUACCGUUAAUUUGGUUAUGUAAUCAGUUUCUUUUUAUUAAUGUUCUUUAAUAAUAAAGACAUUCUUAUAUUAACAAAGAACAUUAUUGUUUCCCAAUCUCAGAAAAGUGAGAAAUUUAUUCUGAAAUGAACUACGCAAAUUGACUUUUAUUUUGAAAUGUAAGAUAGCUCCCGGAAGUGUACAAAGAGGGAAAUAUUUUUAUGGGCAAAUAUCCUUACUGACUGCAGACCUGCUGUGAAUUUAGCUACUUUUGUUAAAUCAGAGAGAAAUAUGCGGCCGAUCUCGAAUUUAAUAUAUUGAUAUUUUCAUUUAAUCGCGGAUAUUAAACGAUCAGACAUCUAAUGCAGUUACUUUUCAUGCUCAAUUGGUAAAAAGGCAGAAGAGCGACAGAGAAUCGUUCAUCCAGCCACCUGUAGCUGAGAGCGACAGCUGUCAAUCAGGUGAUCUGUCAAUCAUACAGCAGUGACAGACAUGAGCUUUUUCGGCUUCGGACAGAGCGCAGAGAUCGACAUCGUUUUGAAUGACGCCGAGACAAGGAAGAAGGUUGAGCACAAAACUGAAGAUGGGAAAAAGGACAAAUAUUUCCUUUUUUAUGACGGCGAAACUGUAAGUGGAAAAGUUAAUGUUACUCUCAAGAUUCCUGGAAAAAGACUUGAACACUAUGGGAUAAAAAUCGAGUUUGUCGGGCAGAUUGAGCUGUAUUACGACAGAGGGAACCACCAUGAGUUUGUGUCAUUAGUGAAGGACCUUGCACGACCUGGGGAGCUUUCACAGUCUCAGACGUUAGACUUUGAGUUCACCCAUGUGGAAAAGCCCUAUGAAUCUUACACUGGCCAGAAUGUGAAACUAAGAUACUUCCUCCGAGCGACAAUCAGCAGAAGACUCAAUGAUAUCAGUAAAGAGAUGGACAUUGUAGUGCAAACUCUGUGCACAUACCCAGAGAUGAACUCCUCCAUCAAGAUGGAAGUUGGAAUUGAAGAUUGUCUGCAUAUUGAGUUUGAAUACAACAAAUCCAAAUAUCACCUGAGGGAUGUAAUUGUAGGGAAGAUUUACUUCCUUCUUGUGAGGAUAAAGAUAAAGCACAUGGAAAUUGAUAUAAUAAAACGGGAAACGACUGGCACAGGACCCAGUGUGUACCACGAAAAUGACACCAUCGCCAAAUAUGAGAUCAUGGAUGGAGCGCCAGUGAGAGGUGAGUCAAUCCCCAUCCGUUUAUUUCUUGCUGGUUAUGAGUUGACCCCCACCAUGAGGGACGUCAACAAAAAGUUCUCUGUGCGUUACUACCUGAACCUAGUCCUUGUAGAUGAAGAAGAGCGACGAUACUUCAAACAGCAGGAGAUCACACUCUGGAGGAAAGGAGAUAUUGUGAGGAGAAGUAUGUCCCAGCAGGCCACCAUUGCCGCCCAGAGAUUUGAGGGAUCAAACUCCGGAAAUGCAUCAGCAGCACAAGCCAAAGAAGACAAAAACUAAACACAAAAUGCUAUAUAUCAAAAUGAAACUGAAUCUGCCGAAAAUGGAAAUAAUAGCUUUGUGAGAUCAAAAAUGAGAAUCAAGCUUGUAAACUGCAGUCCAACUACUCAAAUAUGUAUAGAUUACAAAAUAUUUUUUUAUUUCUCCAUGUUCAGAUUUAGCUUAAUUCCUUUGCACUGAUAAGUCAGUAUAUAGCCUCUAUAUUUGUCCUGUUUAAUGAGCCCAAAAUGAAAUCACUGAGAUAUUUUGCGAUCAUUUGCAUUAUAAAUCUAGAAGUCCAUGUACCCUUAUUAGAGCUCAGCACAGUAUUGUUCUGUAAUUUAGGGUAGAAAAAUGAAAGCCUCCAUAGAAACAUCUAUUACUACUAAAGGGAAAUAAAUGUUAAACUACUAACUCAUGCAGGGCAGUGACUAUUGUCUUUUUAUGAUUUUUGUAUAUUAUUUUAUCAUUGAUUGAAAUAUUUAUUUUGGUCUGUCAUCUUGCGAUUGUUUUUUUCUAUUAAAAGAAUCAGCAAAAGCAUUGUCACCAUGGCAACAAAUUUUUCCAGUAUUCUCAAGAGUGGUGUUAAAUGCUGUGAUAGAGAAGGGUGUUAUAAAUCCCUCUUGUAAUUUGAUGCUAUUCAUUUUUAAAGUGAUUUGGUUUUCUUACAUGUAUAUGUUAUUGUAUAAUAUUAAAUAUGUUUAACAGCUUAUUGGCUGUUCAGGUGAUGGGGUAUGACUAUUAGUAGCUUUGCAACCAUGAAAACUUCUGCAAAAG